GAAUUGGAGUUUCAAGUUUAAACGAUAGAAUUGAAUGCGAGGCAAGAAACGAAGCAUCCUCAAAUUUAAAAUACCAACUUGCUCCACACAAUGACCGGACUCCUCAUGGUUACCAAGGGCGGAGGAUGCGGCGGCGGACCCAAGAGGACCAGGGCGCCGCCAACCGCCCAGGAAGAAGAGCAGAACCACCUCUCCCUCCUCGCUUUUCUCCUUGCCGCCAUCAGAAAAUCUAUGGUCUCGUGCAGGGUGGACCCCCCCGACGACGUAAUCUCCACCGUCCAUCACAUGGAGAUCGGAUGGCCAACCAACGUUCAACACAUCACCCAUGUCACCUUCGACCGCUUCAAUGGCUUCCUCGGUCUCCCCCUCGAAUUCCAAGUCCAGAUCCCUUCUCGGGUCCCCAGUGCUAGUGUAAGUGUGUUUGGCGUCUCAGCAGAGUCUAUGCAGUGUUCUUAUGAUUCAAAAGGAAACAGUGUCCCCACUAUUCUCUUGCUAAUGCAGGACCGUUUAUACUCGCAGGGAGGCGUAAAGGCUGAAGGAAUAUUUCGGAUAAAUCCAGAGAAUAGUCAAGAGGAGCAUGUGAGGGACCAGUUGAAUAGGGGCAUUGUGCCGGAUGACAUUGAUGUCCACUGUUUAGCCGGACUAAUUAAAGCAUGGUUUAGAGAACUACCUUCGGGAGUGCUAGAUGGACUUUCUCCGGAGCAAGUUCUUCAGUGCAACACGGAAGAAGAAUCUGUUGAGCUUGUGAAGCAGCUAAAGCCAACUGAGUCUGCCUUACUUAACUGGGCUAUUGAUCUCAUGGCUGAUGUUGUAGAGGAGGAGGAGUUUAACAAAAUGAAUGCAAGAAAUAUUGCAAUGGUUUUUGCUCCAAACAUGACUCAGAUGUCUGAUCCUCUAACGGCCCUGAUGCAUGCGGUUCAAGUGAUGAACUUACUCAAGACACUUAUAAUGAAGACACUCAGAGAACGCGAAGAAACAGCCACGGGUGGGUAUUCUCCCGUGUCAUUUCAUUCAUCAGAUCGCCAGUGUGAGGAUGAAUAUGACAGUCAGCGAGAAAUGGACACAAGCGGUGAAUUGAGAGGAACCAAAUCAGAUUAUGAUGAUCAUGCUCACUAUGGUCAUAGCAGUGAAGGGGAAGACGGGGAGGCUGAAUCUUUAAGCGAGAUAGAGGAGUGCUUCUUGAAGCGGUUGGAUCAGAGCACAAAAGGAUUCUCAGAAGAACCUGCAGGUCAUUUGCAAAAGCAUGUUAGCACCAGAAGUUGCUCUGACUAUGGCAUGGAACCUUCUAUAUCUGUUACUGAUUUGGCCUCAAGUGUUGACAGAAGUAGUUCAUCAGUAGGAUGUACAAACACCAAAGACGUGGAGAUGAUGGAUAAAUUUGCGGAUUCUAUAGCACCUCUGCCACUGCUUGCUUCUAGUUAAGAACUGGUUUCUUUGUACAAGUUUUUAAGUUCCGUGCUUUUCAGAUUUUGGCUCUACAAGCAGCAGGUUUGCUUGUGUAAAUUAAUACAUGGAGUAGGAAGCGUUUUCUCGUUGUGUAUUGUGGGCAGGUUAUGUUCAGUUCAGGGCUGAAUUUGAUCUGGUUCUGUAUGUUCUGGUACUAGACAAAUUCUAACCAUUAUAAUUGGGAAUAGGCUAAGAUGUAGCUACUGCUUCAAAUUUCAGGUAAGUGAAACCAAUGAAUUCCUGCGGAAUAGGGAGAUUGAUUUACCUGA